AUGUCACUGAGAAAUAUGGAAAAGGCACAAUUUGAAUUGAUCUUUGACAUUAUACUUUCCACGUCACAAACUGAUUGGGAAAAACUUCAAAUGUUAGAAGAAUGUCGUUACCGCUAUAAAGAUAACCAAAAUGGGCUAAAAAUUAUUGACGAAUUCGAAAUAACUUACACUUCGGACAAGGCAUUACAAUGGUAUACAAGAGAUAGUUUUCUGUUUCGUUUAGUGAACGAAGCAUGCAGAACAGAAAACGUCGAUCAAAUUUACACAUUUCGAUGCUUCCUUUCGGAUCUUUCGAAGCAAUUGUAUCAGUUACACAGCUCUUAUAUCAGUGAAUUACGAAAUUCUGGAAUCGAUAUUUUCACUGUUUAUCGGGGACAGCGUAUAUCUGCUGUUGAAUUUCAAGAAAUUCAGCAAAAUAUUGGACAACUGUACUCAACGAACACAUUUCUUUCAACAACAUACGAGCGUGAUGUUGCUCUGAAAUUUGCAGGAACAGGAGCAGAACGUCCAAAAUUUGAGUCGGUAUUAUUUCAAUAUGUGAUUGAUUUGAAUAUUAACACAAAACCGUUCGCCAAUAUUAGUCAUGAAAGCUAUAUGAAACAUGAAAAUGAAAUACUGCUAUCAAUAGGUACCGUCUUUUGUAUUAAUUCUGUUUAUCCAUCAACAGAAAAUAAUGUGUGGCAUGUAACAUUGACAUUAGUAUCCACGACAAAGGAAGACAUAGCAUUAAAAUUUGAACUAGAUCAAAGACCGAUGUUAUUACUCUUAGGAUCUCAUUUAGCGUCAGUUAUGAAAGACUUUGAUAAAGCUGAACGAUACUAUCGAUUAUUUCUUGAAGAACAUGCUACAGCAGAUCCGUCAUUACUAACAAUUAGAUAUUAUAUAGAGGCUUAUAAUGGUCUUGGACAGAUAAGCACUUUCAAAGGUGAAUAUGCAACUGCUCUUGAACAUUACGAGGCAGCAUUUCGUCUUACAGAAGAACAUCUCAAUAAUGAAAACAUAUCAAUGGCGCAAGCAUAUGAAAAUAUUGCCUACGUUUAUGAGGCAAAGAGGGAUUAUAAAAAUGCCAUUCAAAUAUAUCAAAAAGCAAUCGAACUCCGAGCCGAUAACUAUGUUUCACAAGGACAAUUGUUCAAUAAAAUUGGUGAUUUGUUUGCAAAUUUAACUGACUGGGCAUCAGCAAGAAAAAUGUACCAAAAAGCUGUUGAGAGUCAGUCCUACACAUUAUUACCAGUGAUAUCUUAUGUGAAAAAGGUCCACUUUGCCAACCGUCAAUGGUGGAAAACCUUUGUCAAUCGACUUUUGGAUGUCUGGAAAAUUUUUUUCGUAUGGAUUAUAAUGGUAUCUACUUUUUUCGCGAUUUUUCACUACCUAUUUCAUAUAUCAUACGAAAAUUGGUGGAAAAUAUCUCUUGCAGAACAAAAGUCGGCAAUGAAUUGUGUUAUAUUAUGUAUAAUCCUUCUGAUUGAUUAUUUGAUUCAGUUAUUUUUCAAACAGCAAAAUUUCUUCCUUUCUAAUCUAAAAACUAUCGACUUGAUAGUGAAAAUAUGGACAAAGAUAAUGAAUCUUUACAUCUGUUCAGUUUACCUAAUUGAGCACACUGAUGAGAACGGUAUCUUAAAAGUUAUUUUUUAUUUCACAUCAAUCUUGGUGGUGAUUGAACCAUAUUAUUACUUGAUCAUAGUUCGUUAUAUGUGUCCAUCAAUAUCCCAUUAUUUUACUGUCACAGUCAUUAUGCUUGAUUGGCUACGUAAAUUAAGAGAAAUCAAUCAAAAUGAUGUAGGGCAUGCAGAAUCUCCUACAAUAUCAAUAGUGAUGUGUGAAGCGGAAGAAUUCAAAUAUAAGUCGCCCCUCUUGUGCAAAAUCUUCAAGCAUCGAAUAUUACGCAUAGUUUUUCGGAUUCUGACACUGACAAUGAAUUCAUAUUUAUGUUGGCUCGCCGUCACAUAUUUUCUUCCAAAACUUUAUUACUUGAAAUUCAUGAUCUGUUUAGUCGCUAGUCCAGUAAGAACAAAAAAUUUAGUGUUCUAUUUUGUACUGUGCUGGUGCUUACCUCAAUCAAAAUUUUUGUAUUGUAUACCAAUUGUUAUUAUUCAUGGUUGCUUUUUAAAAAUGUUUGUUAUAAACUCUGACGAAAUUCUCUCUUUAGAUCAUAUCCCUGAAACAUUCAUUCAUUUGAAUAAGUAUGACUGGUUUUUAAAAAAAUUCACCAUAGACUGGAAUAAGAACCACACUCAAUUUUCAGACGAUGUUCUUAAAGUGUCCAUUAAUUUCAGUAGUCAUGCUUGGGCCAUUUUAGAACGAACGAUUACAGUGUUAGUUUUUAUGCGCGUUGCUGAUGCCUUCUUUGGCAGUACAUUUUCUGCUAGCCUGUUUCGAGCUAUCUUCUAUUCUCAAUAUCAUGGAGUAGCAUAUGCACUUGCUCAAAAUGUAUGUAUUUAUAAAUCAAACAAAUUCAUUCAAAUUUUUAACUUGUUACGAGAUCAUUCUGGGAUUGAUAAAUUUAUCGCUUAUUUUGAUUUGAUUAUCAUCCUGUUCCUGCUCGUCACUUUUGCCCUCUCAAAGGCAACUAAGCCUGAAAAUUUUAAACGGAUUUUUUUCCAUAGAAUUCCACUUCUUAUUUUUUAUAUUCUAAUAUUUUUAGUUUUAUUCAUCCCCUAUGUGGCAUUUAUAUCGACGAUGCUCGUUCUUAUUUUAAAAUUUUUUCUAUCACCGCUGGGUCUGGCACAUUUGGUAACGGUGAACACAGUGUUCGAAUUCAUCGAAAGCUUCCUUAUUAAAUCGGUUCCACAAAAGUACAUCUAUGCAUGGUUUACUUGAUUUCGAAGAAACAUUUUCAAUGACAUUGUCUUUUAAUAUUGCAAUAAUGCAAACUCGAUUCAUUCAAAAUUGAUCUUAAGGCUGAAUGGUGAACUAAAAGUUCUGGAUCCUCUGAAGAAAAGGACGGGGCUCAUAAGAACAUAUUUUUGCCCAUUUUGGGUGUGGAGUGCGUGGGUGUGGGUGUGGGUGUGGGUGUGGGUGUGGGUGUGGGCGUAGGGUGUGAGUGUGGGUGUAGGGUGUCGGAGUGGGCGUGAGGGUGUGGGUGUGCAUGUGGAGUGUGAAUCUUCUCUGAGUAGACACCAAUACCGACACCGACACCCACACCCACACCCACCCUAUGCAACUUCACGAACUGAGCAGUGUUUUGAAGAGAUAUGUUGUAAGUUUCUACUUAUUUUCUGGAUGUGA